GACCCCUGGAUCUGGUUUGAAAUGUUUUGGGCGGGGAUAGGGAGCCAGGCUCACCCUAGCCGCCGUUUGCUGGGGCCACCCCAUGUUGGGCUCAGUCUACAAUACUGCCCCGCCCAUUCUACUGUGGGCAGUCUGCUUGGGCGGAGUUGUCUUCCUCCCCGCUUUGCAAAUCGCUUCUUAGUUCCUCCGAGAACAGUGUUUACAGUUUAGUUACAUUUUUCCCGCGUGCUACUGUAGCUCAGGUUUCAAACGAUUUGGUGGUCUGGUGUGGGAGUUCAAGCGCGGAGGAGGUGCAGUGCAGUGCAGAGCUGCGUCGUCGUAGUGUAUGGGUUCUGUGCCUUCGUGGUGUUUUGUUUUUUGAGGUUUGAGCUUCACGCGUGUGCAUUGGAAGUCGGGUUUGCGGUAAGGUUCCACAACGGGAGGUGUCCGAAGAGGGAAGGAGCGGAAGAUCUUGUUAACAGUGUUCACAUCACCCAGUAUCUCCGCUGCCACUUGCGAAUUGGAAUUGGUCGAGCUAUUUAACUCGAAUAUAGAGUUAUUGGGAAGGAGUUGGUUGGCCCUAGACACAGCUGAUAUCAUUGGAAGGUUUGGUACGAGAGAGUUCAACAAUGAAGAGGAGCCAACUCGAGGAGGAGAAUUGUGGGCACUGGGAAUAUGAUGUUCCAUGUGAUGUAGCAUCUUCGGAUGGCGUAGGAACGGUGGACCCCGACUUGGUGGCAACAAAUUUUGGCAUGACCAUGCGCAGGUUGCGGUUUACAAGGGCAUUGACCAGAGAGUAUUCAGGGAAGUCGCUCUCUUUGGAAGAGUUAUCCAGCAGAGUCCGCGAGAAUCACAGCACUUCUCAGAGAGUAAUGAUGGCUCUGGAUGCGGUUGGACCAACCGAGGGGGUUGUGGUCCGAAGAUUACCUGUGCUACACUUUGGCUCAAGUAUGGUAUCAGAUGAGAGGGAUGGAUGCGAGACAAUAAUCACACCUGGUGUCUUGGAUGCCACGGAGUAUCCUAUGUUAGAGGUCUGCGGGCGUAAUUCUGCUGGGACUGUACCUAUAUCCCAUGGGUUAGAGGAAGAGCGUAACCGUGACGUUUCAUCCGACGCAACUAGGCCAGUCGGGUCCAACGCAGAAGUGGACGUGGCUAAUGAGAGACACGAUCAAGAUGAACUUGGAAAGGAGAACUGCGAUCCCCUCGGCCAGUGGAAUAUCCUGGAGUCUCGCAGCCCGUUGCCUGCGUGGUUUCCCCGGAGGCCAUUGCAAGACAUCACUAAUGUGCUGGCUUCUGAGCUUGAUAAUGAAUUGCCUCAACCAAAGAAAAAGCGCAAUAAAAAGAUAACCUCUGGUGUGCCUCCACAAUUGGAGCUGCGGUGUGAAAUCCCAGCAAAGAAUGCUAUGUCGCUCUGGCAACCCAAGGCUUUGAGCUGUGUAGCCUCAAAGAAAUGUUCCAAUCUCAGGAAGAAUUUCAGAUAAUUUGAAUUUUCGGGAGUGGUCACUGUACUUAUGUGACACUAUUUCAAGGCGAAUUGAAUGAUACACAUGCUGCUGGGAGAUGAUUCCAGAAAGCGAUGGAGGGAUUUACUACUGGUGAAUGCCUCGGAGCUACUCUGAAGUGGUUGUGUCAUCACAAGAUGAUUUACCGCCGCGUUCGUGAGUUGGGCUGAGAGUCAGAUUCAGCAGCUAUGAUUGCAAGUGUUGUCCAUGUGAAUAAAUGUCGGAAGCCUCUAUUUGAGUGGGUGUUCUGUAGGUUGCGGAUUAUUUAGUUGUGCCGUUCCAGUCUAACUGCGUGGCAUAGAAAGACAUGUUGAAUGUCCCUUCAAUUUUGGUAGCCGGCACGAUAGGCUUCGGAAGGCAGACGUCUGAAAUCAGUAGUAUCGUCAUGGGGCUGAAGCUGAAGAAGUUUGUGGGUGUAAACCAGAAUUCAUUAUGUAAGUCAAAUCAUUGUUAAAUAUGAACUAAUUAUUUCUCCUCUUCAGA